AUGGCGAUCCACAAAGCCCCAAGGAGCAACAAAAAACCCAGAUCCCCAGUCUUCAUACUCACAAUCUCCAUCUCAGCAAUUGCUCUCUUGUACCUUCUCUCUUCUCUGAAUUCCACAAAUGGGUUCUCUUUUUCCUCUGCCAAAACCCUCAAAAACUUGGUGGUUAAGACUCAUCAGAGACCCUUCAAUGCCUCCGAAAAGUACUUGUACUGGGGUAACAGAAUCGACUGUCCCGGAAAGAACUGUGAGACCUGUGCUGGUUUGGGUCAUCAGGAGUCCAGCCUCAGGUGCGCUCUUGAAGAAGCCAUGUUUCUUCAGAGCUGA